AUGAAAGGCAACGUCGGUGGCUUCGGCACGAGACUUCGACCUCUCACCCUCACCCUCCCUAAGCCUUUGGUCGAGUUCGCCAACCGACCCAUGAUUCUGCAUCAAGUCGAGGCUCUAGCUGCAGCUGGUGUCACCGACAUUGUCCUUGCUGUCAACUACCGGCCCGAGGUCAUGACCAAUGCUCUCAAGAAGUACGAAGAGAAGUACAACGUCAAGAUCACAUUCUCGGUCGAGUCCGAACCUUUGGGCACCGCCGGUCCUCUCAAGCUUGCCGAGAAGAUUUUGGGCAAGGACGACAAGCCUUUCUUCGUUCUCAACUCCGAUGUCAUCUGCGAGUACCCCUUUAAGCAGCUUGCCGAGUUCCACGACUCCCACGGUGAAGAGGGUACCAUCGUGGUCACAAAGGUCGAAGAGCCCAGCAAAUACGGUGUCAUUGUCCACAAGCCAAACCACCCUUCCCGUAUCGACCGUUUCGUCGAGAAGCCCGUCGAGUUCGUCGGCAACCGUAUCAAUGCCGGUAUCUAUAUCUUCAACCCUUCCAUUUUGAAGAGAAUCGAACUUCGACCCACGUCCAUUGAGCAAGAAACUUUCCCAGCCAUUUGCAAAGAUGGUCUGUUACACUCCUUUGAUCUUGAGGGUUUCUGGAUGGAUGUUGGUCAACCAAAGGAUUUCAUCGCCGGAACUUGCUUGUACCUCUCUUCCCUACAAAAGAACAACCCCAAGGCUCUUGUGUCUCCUUCGGAGCCAUACGUCUACGGCGGAAAUGUCUUGGUUGAUCCUACAGCCAAGAUCGGCAAGAACUGCCGCAUUGGACCCAAUGUCACGAUUGGACCUGGUUGCGUCGUUGGUGAUGGUGUCAGACUGCAAAGAUGUGUGCUCCUCGAGGAUUCAAAGGUCAAGGAUCACGCCUGGAUCAAGUCAACCAUUGUUGGCUGGAGAUCAACCGUCGGUCGCUGGGCUCGUCUCGAGAAUGUCACUGUUCUCGGUGAUGAUGUUACCAUUGGUGACGAGAUUUACGUCAAUGGUGGAAGUGUCUUGCCUCACAAGAGCAUCAAAGCUAAUGUCGAGGUUCCUUCCAUCAUCAUGUAA